CCAGCCCGAGCACCCUCUUCCUCCUCUUGGAUCGCAGAGACGCUCGUCCACUUUCUCUUUUCUCUCUCUAUCUCUCUGCUGUCUCUUUCCAUCUUUGUGUCUCUCAUCUCUUUAUCUUUCUCUCUCUCUCUCUCUUUCGCUCUCUCUCUUUCUGUCUGUUCUCCACUUCUCUCCAGAAGCUCGCAGGCUCACUUGCCCACCACUCUUCCUCCAACCACUGAAGAUUCAGAAGCACUCGGGACGCAGACCCUCUCUAGAGCCAAGAUGGCAAUGAGCAGCAUCCUCAACAAUGAUGACAUCAAGAAAGCUCUAGAUGCAUUUGCAGUUGCUGACUCCUUUGACCAUAAGAAGUUUUUCGAGAUGGUGGGUCUGAAGGCCAAGUCCUCAGAUGAAGUGAAGAAGGUCUUCACGGUGCUGGACGCCGACAACAGCGGCUUCAUAGAGGAGGAGGAGCUCAAAUUCGUCCUGAAGGGCUUCGCCAAAGAUGGCAGAGACCUGACAGACAAAGAAACCAAAGCAUUUUUAAAAGCAGCCGACAAGGAUGGAGACGGCAAGAUUGGAGUGGAUGAGUUUGCUGCCCUUGUGAAAGAAUAAAUAGUCACCAGUCAUGACUGGCUAGCUCUCCUAACCACAUCCUGACACCCGCUGCCCCCCCCUCCCUCCCCAGCGCCUACAAUUCAACCCCCCCCCCCCGACCGACUGCACCUGCCCCCUGCCACACACACUCCUCUUCCUCUUCCUCAACCGCCACCCACCACCCCACCCAAACCCAAACCCCCCCUCCACUGUGCUUCUGACUUCGUGCGAUGUUGCACUACAGGAAGCAGGCUGUGGUGUUUCCACCCAAAACCCUUUAACCUUCCACCCCCCCACACACACAUCCUCUAUGCUCCCAUUUUCACCCUAUUUAUUUGAUCCUUUUUAUACAAACUGUUCUUGUUUCUGUUUAUGUAUAGAUAUAAAACAUGCCUGCAGGAUUAAAACUCACAUUUUAAAGCAUAUAGUAUAUAUAAAAAGGCAACUGAACUUAAAGGAAAGACCCUCAUUUCCUUCUGUUUGUCUGACUUUACCCUCUUUAUUAUGUCUUUGGUCUUCUUAGUCAGUAAUUCCUCUCAUUUUUUCUCAUCCCUUUUGUCCACAUCGCCCCCCCCCUCCUGCCUUCCCUUCUGUCUGUCCCACGCCAUCCCUCCAUCCAUAUACAUGCAUCUCUCCAUCCAUCCCUUUCUCCUCUGGUAAUGAGCUGUUGUAAAACAUACCAAAAGAAGAAAGAGGUCAAGCUGUGAAAGAAUAAAAUAAAAUGAAGAAAACAAAUCCA